AUGCAGUUGACCGUCAUCUUUCUCACCGCCACCGCGGCUCUCUCAGUCGCGGCCUCGUCCGACUUGGACCAGAAAAUUCUCAACGAGAAAAUUGAGUGCCCUGGCAACUCCAGCUGGGACAAGAUCGAAAAGAUGUGCAAGUGCGGCAGAGGCGAGGACUUUGACAUCAGGGCUAACCGGUGCCUCCGCGCCGAGGCCAAGGUUGACGGCGUCCCUAAGUGUCGUGCCAACGAGCGCCUUUACUGCGUCCGUGGGAAGGAUGAUUACGUCCAGUUCGACCACAACGACCCUUUCUGCUCGCAAAUGGAGGAUAGAAAGAUCUUCUGCGCCCGCGAAAACAAUCCCUCCCAGGUCUUCCCCAGCGGCGUCCGCCCAGGGCAGGAGUCUGACCAGCUCAACAUCCCCCAGGGGAACAACAUCGCCGAGGAGAGCAAUACCCUCAAGGAGGACACCGGGCGCCCCGAAAGAGGGCGCGGCAGCUGUGAUGACCCUCGCCGGUGGAACGACUGCAAGAGACAAUGCCAGUGUCGUCUAGGUAUGGACCGGGACGCCGCCAUGAACGACUGCUACUGCCGCCGCUACUUCACUGAGCCCUCCUGUCCUGCUGGGAAGAAGCCCUUCUGUGUCAGGGGCAGGUUCGAGUGGGCGAGAUGUAGAAAGGACGAUAUGCCGAUUCGCUGCAUCAACACCGGGAAGAACUACGUCUUUUGCUGCCAGUUCAGGAAGGAGGCAGGUGUACGGGAGAGGGUCAUCGACAUCCGGAGGUGCGUUAUCGCUCUCAAGCACUACGAAGAGCGCCGAAAGGGCGCGCGCUAA